CGGGGGUUGUGGCCUAUGGCGGCGUGUGGUUGCAUCGUGUUGCAUCACGGGGUAUCGUGACUACACCACACGACGUCUAGUGUUCACAACUAUACACAACUUCCAGCAGACAUGUGCAAUUGACACCACCACACCCACCAUUUACACCAUUUUCACCAUUUAUAAUGCACCGAGCUGUGGCUUUCUCACAUAGCGCUACACCACGCUAUCUCACGCUAUGCCACGCUAGAUUUUGGGUUCUUGUGCUGCCACUGGCUUCAAUGCCGAUUCAGGCAAGAGACACUAUAGGACAAGUGUAACCGCUGAUCACCCGAAUGCUUCUCAGCUCCGCUGAAUUGAGGAGCUGAGAAGCAUUCGGCGGUUUCUGGAUAAUGUCUUAGGCCAAGCGGCUGGAGAGCUGGCUGGGGAGUAUAAGAUAGGUCUCUUUCUCUGUCAAAAUGCGCUUUCUUUGAUCGAUUUGUUGCAGCGAGAAGAUAUUCUGCUUCGUUCACGGAUUCCUUCAGUUGUCUCAAAUACCCGCUGUCCUGCGUCUUUACUUUGGCCCUCUGGUGUCCCUUGACGUCGUCUCAGUUCUUACGUUUCAAUUCCAUACACUACAUACCAAAGGUAGCACAGCAUCAACACAACAUGAAGUUCACGUCUAGCCUCGCCGCUGCCAGCGUGCUGGCCAGUGUUCUUGCUUCGCCUAUAGCUCUCACUGAGACAUCUCCGCUGGCCAAACGAGCUGUCGACGCCGCUCUCUUCGCAAAAUUGAAAUUCUACGUUCAAUAUGCCGCCGCAGCCUACUGCACCAACAACGCUGACAGCUCUGGCACGCCCAUCAGCUGCGCAACAGGCAAUUGCCCCGAUGUCCAAGCCGCCAACGCCGUCUCCGUCCUCGAAUUCGACAGCUCCAUCCUCACAGACAUGAGAGGCUUCCUUUCCGUCUCCACCGUGCGCCAGGAAAUCGUCCUCGCCUUCCGCGGCUCCUCCUCCAUCCGCAACUUCCUCACCGACCUCAAUUUCGGCUACGUCAACUUCGGAUGCUCCGGCUGCUCCGCCCACGCCGGCUUCGCAACCGCCUGGUACGAGCCCCGCUCCGCCAUCCUGGCCGCCCUCAAAACCACUCGCGCCCAGUACCCCUCCUACAAGAUCGUCAUCACUGGCCACAGCCUCGGUGGCGCCGUCGCUACCCUCGCAGCCGGAGACUUGCGCUCCCAGGGAUAUGCUGCCGACCUCUACACCUACGGCUCGCCGCGCGUUGGUAACGGCGCCUUCGCCUCCUGGGUCUCUGCGCAGCCCGGCGUCACCGCGCGCGUAACUCACGUCAACGACCCCGUGCCGCGCCUGCCACCUAUGCUGAUCGCUGGUUACCGCCACACCACCCCCGAGUACUGGUUGAGCAACGGAUCGGCGACCAAAGUGGAUUACACGCUCGCGGAUGUCAAGGUGUGUGAGGGGAUCUCGACGACAGGGUGUAAUGCUGGGACGAUCCCGACGCUGGAUCUGGAUGCGCAUCGCUAUUACUUCCUCGCUGCUACCUCAUGUGCGCCGGAUUUGGCGUUUAAGAGGGAGGAGCAGAUGUCGCCGGCGAGGAGGGCGGAUGGGUCGGCAAGUGAUGUGGAGAUUCUUUCGUGGAUGGCGGCGGAUGCUGCGGCUAGCCCCAGCGAGUUGGCCGCUACGACAUGAUGGGGGGUAGAUAGCUGAGCUGGACUGGGCUGUUGGAUAUGCUUGACCUGAAAAUGGAUGUAAGUAACGCUGCAAAAUCACGUAAAUGGGCAAUGUUAUGGACUUGAUGAUGGGGGGAAAUAUAUAGUUUCUUGUAAGUAGUUGGCGUUAAAUAUAUGCGG